AGCUCUCAAGCAAAAUGUAUUUUCAUAUUCUUAACAUCUGGCAUCUCUACAAAACAAAAUUAAAAUUCUAACAACAACAAUGAAAACAAAAACAAACUCAUUAAUUUAUAGAAUUUUUCGAAAAAUCGCCUAGAAAAUGUUAAUAAAAUAGAAUAAAAAUCCAAUAAAAUCUUCUAAAAUGAACAAUAUUAAAUUAGAGGAUAUCGAACAUACCUCCAAUGGUGAUCAUAUAUAUGCUGAAAAGCAGACUUGUGUACUGGAAGAAAAUGAUACACAAUGUGGACAUGUCUUCUAUAAUGAAAUUACACGUUUGCUAAAAUUCUAUUGCUCCUAUUGUCGCGAAACUUAUGAUAAUAUUGAAUAUUUCUGCCAGCAUUUAAGUGAACAUUUAAAAGAGGUAACACAUGAGGAAAUGGAAGGACCAGAAGAGGAACAGGAGUUUAUGACACCUGAAGAGGAGGAGGGGUUGCUGGAGGAAGAGAAUGAAGUAGAGUUUUUAGCUGACCUAGAGGAGGAAUGUAUAGAUAAAACUUUAGGUUCUGACAAAGAAAUCAAUGAAUUGGAUAUGUCUUCCUAUCCUCAAACGCAAACAGAGGAUGAUGAUGAUGAGGAUACUCGAGAUGCUUUUGAGUUUGAUGAGGAGCUGGAUAAACAAUCACUUAACACAGACAUUUCAGGUCAUAAUUUUGGUAGAGACGAUUUGCCUCUCGAACAUGAUUUAAAUAAUACCGAAAUGCUUAUAGAGGAAAUAGAAGAUGCUGAGGAGAUACGUGCCGAGGUAGAGCAAGAAAUGCGUGAUAAUUUGACAGAGGAUAAUAGUUUUAUACUAUUAACGGAUAAUACUACUUUAAAGGAUACAAAUCAAUAUGAAGAUAAGUUAAAAAUAUCGACAUCAGCAUGCUCCAGCUCCCCGGAUAAAGUGAAAAGCGGUAAUAGUUUCGAGGAAUGUUUUAUAAAUGAAACGAAUAUCGAUAAGAUACGUUCGGAAGGAGUGUGUGUGUUGAAAGAAAAAAGUCCUAAGGAACAACGUAAUAGGCCAAUGCAUAAGAAAAGGACGAACAUCCAGGACUUGUUACGUUUAAAACGUCGACGUAAAAAGGUCACUACGGUUAAAGUAAUCGCCGUCAAGAAUCGUAUAGCAGAACUUUAUGAACGCAUACAAAAUGAACAGCAAAAAUCUCAACAGAUAUUUUCCUCCGAUUUAUUAAACGCACAACAUAAACAGGAAACUCAAGAUGCUAUAGAAAGUUUAAUCGAUAAUAAUAAUGAAAUAGUAACAAAUAAUAAGCUAAAUCCAGCAACACAAACUGCAGAAUCUAUAGCAAAUACAAGCGAAGUGACACGCAAAAUAAUAGGUGAAACUGUUAUAACUCUAAUACCGGAGGGUACUAAAAUACCCAAUAAACUACCCUCGCCAGUUAGUAAAACUGUUGAUAAUGAUUUAGUAAAAAGUGAAUUAAGACCAAUAAACCCCGGCCGUUACAAUCAUUAUAGGGAGAAGGAGGAGGAGGGCAAGAAUAAAUUGGCUGUAUGUCCGGCUUGUGGUAAAACUUUUCGCAGUCAUUUCAGUCUAACCAUACACAAACGUAUACACUACCUCGAAUCGGAUAGUAGUGUUAAAUUGGCACAUAAAUGUUCAGAUUGUGAUGAACUUUUUAAUAAAUUAAGUCAAUUGAAACAUCAUGUGGAGAGUGUACAUUAUCCUGAUGGUUUUAUUUGUAAAAUAUGCAAUCGUCAAUUGAGUAGCCUUUCGUUGUUGGAAAGACAUAUGGUUAAGGUUCAUCUUGAUCGUCCGUUUAACUGUAAACAAUGUAAUAAAAACUUUUCCGAUCCUCUUACCUUUGAAGAACAUUUAGCUUCUCAUAAUUCGGGUCAAGUAUUUAAAUGUUCGACGUGUGGCCGUAAAUAUUCCACAGAAUACUUUUUAAUGGAACAUAUGCGUAAUCACAAAGAACAAGUGCCACAAACUUGUGUGGUUUGCGGUAAAGUCACUUUGCGCAUUACGCAGCAUAUGAAAAUACACACACCGCGACCUAAACGUUUACUUAGCUGUUCGGUUUGUGGCAAAGUGUUUAAUUUCAGUUCUGGUCUCAGUCAUCAUUUUAAAAUUAUGCAUAAACUGCCUAGACCACCACCUAAACCGAAAAAGGAACAAUCCAAUCAAACAAUCAAACGUAAACGUCGUCCCCGCUCGAAUGAAAUGCGCAGUAUGAAUCGUAAGAAACAAUUAACGCUAAACAGUUCAGAAUCAGAAUCAACGUUCCAACAAAUACCUUCCAACAAAUACACACCGCAAAUAAUUGAAGAACAAAUUGAAAUUCCUCAACAUGAAGUGUUUGAUAAUGCAGUCACAGGGAAUUCCUUCUUAAAUUUAGAAACUAAACAAUCUGUGAAUAUAACAAAUCCUAGUCAAUCCUAUAUAUCACUUCGAAACAAUCACCAACAAGUUUUGCCAGCAUCUGAACUACAGCCAUCCGCUGAUGUUGUGAUUAAUCAUAAAGAGGAAGAAGCAAAACGUGUUAUUGUUGAGCUAAUACAAAAUUCUACUUACACUUCAUUCUAUCCCGAUAAUUUCUCUAGUGUUUUAGAGGUAACACCACCUAUAGCUAGAGAAGAAACUAUUUCAGCGGUAAAUAGUAUUGUGCAUGACUGUUAGUUGUUAGUUUAGUAUUGUAGUUUAAACUAAUUUUAAUAUAAUUUAAAAUUGUUAAUAAUACUUUUAUAUAGCGCAAGGAAAUGAAAUGAAUAAUAAAUUGCUUGAAAAUAUAUUUUUUUCUUUCUAA